CUGGAUUAAUUCCCGAACAUUCAGUUCAUGAUUGGGCUAACUCGAUCAUAGUUUUUGAAAAACCGUAGUAUAUAUUUUGUUCUAUAACUGAUAUGAUUUGAGUCGAUGAAAUAAUUUAAUAAUUAUUUCUCAUAUAUAGCUAAAAUGAAUAGUAAUAUUAGAGCUAUAAGCAGUGCUGGAAACUUUUUUCUAAAGAAAUCUAUAUCAAAAGUACCAAACGUUUUUGUUCGAUUUCAGCAAAAUCUUGAAUCAUCGCACAAAGUGAACAAUCUGGAAAGAAAAUUUUUAGUAUGGACUGGCAAGUAUAAAAAUGUUCAAGAGGUGCCCGCUUUUGUUAGUCAAAGUACCAUGGAAAGAUGUAGAAACCGAAUGAGAAUAAAAAUAGCUAAUUACAUGAUGCUUGCUACAGCAAUUGGGUGUAUUUUAAUGGUUUAUAUGGGAAAAAAAGAUGCCAAGAAAGGAAUUACUUUAAGUCAGCAAAAUAGAGAAUGGCAUGCUCAAAUAAAAGAAGAGGCUGAAAAGACGGCAUCUAAAUGAUAGAUUUUAUUACAUAUUUUUUGUAUAGAAGUUAACUAGAAUUUUAAAGAAAGUUACUAAUUAUUAUCACUUUGAAUUAUAAACGAAAACUUAUUAUAUGACUUUUUGUUUAUCAAAAAUUGAAAAUUUUUAGGAAGUCUAGAUGCAAUUUACAGUUUAUAAUGGCAAUAAAUUUAAUACAUAAUGAAUUUUUGUGGUUGUUUAAAGGUUUAUUUUGAUAUAAUAGUGUUUAUUAUUGUCUGUGUAUUAACUGAUUAUUUAUUUUUAAAUUGAUGUGCAAUCCAAACUUUUUUUUUGGGAAUUAUAUAUUUACAGCCAUGGAACAGGAAA